AUGCGGAGGAGGCUUGCCUUGGGCCUGCGAGGGGGUCGUGGUCGUGGUCGUGGUCGUGGUCGUGGUCUUGCUGGGUGGCUGGCUGGGUGGCUGGCUGGGUGGCUCCCUGGCUUGCUCCUCGAGCUUUGGAUAGCGGGAUCGAGGCAGAACCAACGUCAAGUCGAGUCGGAUGACUGGAGGAAGCGAACAGGGACGGAAACAGGGGCCGUGAAUAAUGAGCAUGAGCAUGCAGCGCCAGAUGUAGGUACCAACAAUUCUCUAGCCCGAGACAAAGAAAAGGUCCUCAGCUUUCCUGAUCCUCUUAUACCUCCCAAUCUUCUCCUUCUUCUCCCCUAGAAAAGAUAAAAUAAAACAAGUUUUCAAUGAAGGGAAAAAUGGAGUCUAUCAAUGGAAGGAAAAUUGCUCGCUAACUAAACUAGGUAGCACGUCUUUGGGUGGAGCAGACGCAGACGCAGACGCAGAUAAAGCAAUAAGAAGAAGAAAAAUUCUCCACGAUAAUGAGAGGUGGCAAGCUCCCAAAGCGUACCAGUACCACUACCAGGUACAGUACCAGUUACAGCACCGCACCGCACAACGCAACGCAACGCCAGCAACCCACCACAACACCAGAAAGGAAGAAGAAAAAAGCUUUUACAGAGUGGUGGAUUAG